GCUGUCAAUGGUAUAGCUUGUGGCUUAGCUCCGUUUAGCUGCGCAGUUAGCCACGCCUGAUGCUAACAAACCUGCUCGCCGCUACUUGACGACACUCGUGUCAUGUUUUUCACUUCGGAAUACACUUUAACUCACACAAGAAUGAUUUGUCGUCGCCGAGUUUAAAGGCGGAAGUGAAAAACAGCUUAUCUUCGUUAUCGACUGUCGGCUAUCCGCUUCGCCUCCGUUCUGCCCGUAUCCGACGCACUUGUCGCAUUUUGUCGUCAAACGUGAAAACAUUCACAACGUCACAACCAAUUUAGCCACUUCGAAUUUGUGAGAGUUCCCCUGAAGUCCGCCAAAGUUGUCCGUUUUGGGGCUAUCCAAAGCCGAUGCUAGCCUGUUAGCUCGUUAGCCUCCCAACACAAACAAACGUGUGACAAGUGAGCAAAUAGUGUCAAAAAGUGGGCAAACUUGACUGCACUCGGGUCGUAAAUGUAGAUUUGUUUGAAAAAGUUCAAAUAUAAAUAGAUUUACCUGACACCGGCGUUUGUAGAUGCGUCAUUUAAAUACGGUUAUAAUGCUGGACAUAAACUAUUAUUUUUCAGAAACUGGUAUUUACUAUGAAAGUUGGACUCCCAUAAACCGAUGAAAGUGCCUUAAUUUCUGGCCAGUUUGGGGUGACCUUUUUUGGUAAUACGAGGUAACAACUUUUAUAUUUUUCUUAAUAAUUAUCAUAUUUUAAAAACUUAGGCAUUGCUUUAAAGCUUGCUAAUCAAUUAUACAAAUAAGUUAAAACAAAGAUGUAUUAGAAAGCCAAAGACCCAGGUUUAUAAAUAAAGGACAAAAAAUAUUUAGCCCUAUUGUAGGGCAUUCAUUUAAAAGUCAUUGGCUGCUUCAAACGUCUGAUUCAUUUGGACUGGGAGAGGCAUUCGCUGCCAGCCCAUCAAACGCUGUCAAUAGCACUGAAACAUGAGCAUUCACAGCUAGUCCUCCCAGGUUAAAGGGAUCCUCGAUCUUUAAGACAAGUAAUUCUUAAAAGAUAAAUGUUAGUAUGAGUUACAAUAAUUUGAAAUUAAAACCCCUCAAUGUUUUCGUUUUAAUAAAGUUUGUAAAAUUAAGUGAUAGGUCGACAUUCUUGUUACGUCGCAGAGCGUGACGUCACCGGGCCCGUUGCCGAACUUCCAGCGUGUCACUGGUUAGCUACCACAACGUGUCGUCGGUUCUGCCCUUCCAAUUUGAACCAGAUCGGAAAUGUGAAGAGCAGGACAGCACUGUCGGUCGUUCACAAGACGAGCAGCAAAGGCAAAAUGAGAGCAGGAAAUACAGUAGGCCUACCUGAUAAGACAAGAGUUGGGGAAAACUGGUGAUGUACUAGCGACAAGUGCAUCUCAAUGCCAACGGAGCAAGAGAGUGUAUGCUGUUGAGAACUCCGCUUAGGGUUAGCAGAUCUUCAAGCAGGUGUAGCAGGACGGACAAGUCUCCAUGGAGCCUGACGUCAUCCGCUUGUACUCGUCGUCCCCGCCGCCGAUGGAGGAUGCCGAGGAGGAAGACGAGGAUGAGUUCGGCGACUUCGGCGGCUUCUCGACUGUGUCGGCCAGCGUCAGCUUCUCCGAGUUGGACGCGCCGGAACAGGCGCACGCGCCAGAUGCCACCUCGCCGCCCGAGCUCCUUAAUGGCCGUACUGCCGUGCCGGGGAUGCGGCAUGAGGUAAAGGCCAACGGCGUGGCUCCCGGGAGCCACCCAGCGCUUAUUCUCGGCGGCGACCACACAGACUUGAAGAAACCGGACCCUCAUAUCGCGGACGGCGAGAUCAUCACCAACGGAUUCACUACGUCAGAUGUCAAGCCGGGUCCACAGAUGUUUGUCCGUCGUCACGCCGACAGUGACAAUGGAAGCGUGGACGGCGUGGAGACAGAGUUUGCUGAUUUUGCCGCAUUCUCGAACACUGACCGCCAGGGAUGCGUCUCGCGGUGCGUAGACGGAACGAAUGCAGAUGAAGCGACACCUAACUCUGAGGCCAAGCCUCUUUCUGUAUCACGCAACACUCAGCCGGACUCCGAAAGAAGUGACGCUGAUUUUGCACACCACGCGGUCGUUACUUGCACAAAAGAACCUCACGACGGUGUCCAGUGCGACGGCGUCUGUCUCAAUGGCGUUGACGACAUCCGUGCGGAAUCCCCGAGUGUCAAUGACGCCUCGCAUCUGAAUGGCGUCUCUAUUGACGAAGGCGCCGGUGUCUCGUCGCCGUCGGACGAAAGGAUCUCAGAGACUGAAACGGAGACGUCGUUAGGCCGUCCGUUGUCCACGGACGCCUUGGAGGAAUACGGUGACAUGAGCACGACGGGCUCCGCUCCGUCACCGCCGCCCCUCCAGGAAGAGAACGCCGACCACAGUCAGCUGGAGGACGAUGAGGAGUUUGGGGACUUUGGAGAUGCGGGCUCAUAUGGCGAGCAGGCCUUUGUGGACUUUAACCACCAAGAAGUGUGCCCGCCGCAAGCCGACGACUCUUUUGGCGAAUUCAACGCGCCCAAACUUGAUGAGGAGGGAGGAGACUCUUUGGUCAGUUCCUCAGGCACCGACGGUGAAUGGAAGGCAUUCGGAGAGGCGGCGCAGGUGACGGAAGGCGAGUCAACAACCACCGAAUCGUGGGCGGCGUUCGGCUCGGAGGGCGCCGCCGAGGAGUCAUGGCACGAGGCAGAAACUUCCUCUACCGUUGACCAGGACAACAGCAGACACACCAAUGAGGUGCUGUGGAGUCGGGUGGAAAAGUUAUUGGAGGCCAGCUUCCCUCAGCCCGCCAGGUGCCCCUCGCCCUCUGCUGAGGAGCGCAUAGUGUCGCUCAAGACUCUUCUGAAGGCACCUGAGGAUGUCAGCAGUGCGCUCCAUGGCGGCGUGUGGUCGCAGCUUCAAGACAUUCAUGAGGCGGUAGGCCUCAGACAUCAGUGGGGGGGCUCCUACUGCAACAAAACUCUGCUCAGCUGUCUUGGCAUCGACACGCGGAACAUUCUGUUCACGGGACAGAAGAAGCAGCCGCUCAUUGUGCCCGUCUACGCCGCCAGCCUGGGGAUGUUGGAGCCCACCAAAGAGCCUGUGAAGCCCAUCUCAGCUGCGGAAAUGAUCGCCUCCAUUGCACAAGCACCAGCAGAGGCUCCGGACUGCAACUCCUGCCCCACGGAUGCUGUCCAGGAAGUGCUCCCACCCGUCCAGUUUGACUGGAGCAGCAGUGGCCUUACCAACCCUUUGGAUGCCAGCGGCGGUUCCUUCCUGCUAAACCUGGACUUUUUUGGUCCCGUGGACGACUCGGGCUCGUCGUGCUCGCCCGCCAUCCCAGGCGUGGACCCCGAGCUAGUGGAGCUGACCACGGCCAAGAUGGACUCCGGCGGUACCGGCAGCUGCGUGGUCGACGCUUUUGCCCGCCUCAUGUCCACCAUGGACAAGACCAGCACCUCCACCAGGAAGCCGCGCAAGGACGAGAAACUAAGCUCUGAGGCGGCCGAGGUUAUCGGCGGCCUCCCUGACUUGUCCUUCAUGAUGGCCAAGGUCCUGAUGUUCCCAGCCACGCUCACGCCGCUCGCCUCACGGGCCGCGCCCGACUGAAGAUGACUCUCCCUCCCCGGGGACGCAGACUCCGCCGCUCGCAGGUUCCUGCUGACGUCAGCUGCUUUUUUCCCCCCCUCAUUCCGUCAUACUUGGUUCUUCACCCCUUCCCCCCCUUUUGAUUAAAAGCAUUUAUCAUGGCUGUGGGAUCGAGCGGGGUGGGAGCGUGGCUUUUUUUUGUUUUUUUUUUUUGUUUUGACGUCAUGUUAGCUCGAGUGCUGGUGUGUAUAUAAUCAGGGAAGGAAAGCAAACGGUGAUUAUCAAUAAUCAAUCAAUCUAUUUAUGGACUUUGGCCGACGUCAAUUUGAAUGUCUCCUGUGCGCGGCAGGCGUGCGGGUUCGGUCCAACCACUGAGAGUGCGCUCGCGUCAACGAAGGGACCAAUGAGUGUGCUCCAUUUAGUGUGCGUUUGUAUUUCGUGUGUGUGUAUGUGUGUGCGAGCGAGUCCGGAGAGCACUUUGCACAAAGUCGAGAUGAAGAGGACGUCGGGAGUAGUCGCACUCUAUAUGGACAAAACAAUUCCUAUGGAAAAAAAAAAAAAAAAAAAAAGAUGGAAUCACUGGAAACGGCGCCCACUCGCGUUCUUGCCUGUGUGUGUGCGUGUGUGCCCACUUGACUUUUAGUCUACACAAAUUAAACUAAUUUAAGAGGAAAACUUAAAAUUCUUAAGAACUCAUUCUUUUUCAUUGUAUGAGUCGUUCCAGAUUCUACUUUUCUGAUUUUUUUUUUGCAACAUUAGUCAAUAAGUUGUUUUUUUUAACCGAUCAAAGGCUUGAUUGGCUCAUUAGCCUUUUUUUAAUAACACUUAUAUCAUCCAGUAUUUGGCAUUGUAACAGUUGUAAAUCCGUACUCUUAACUAAUUCUCAAGAAAAGAAGCUAACUGUUUAGCUAACUGUUAUUGCUAAGACAAACUUGCAUAAAGAAAAAUAUUCUGAUCAUACGCAUGACAUGGUUGAAUGAAGUAGUGUGAGACUUUUAAUCAUGGCUAAAUAUUUUAUGAAAUUAUGAAAUGGGUCAUAAAUUUGCUCUACCCAUUUUUUGGGAAAACAUUAAGUCUAGUGUGUCAUAACUUCCAACAGGCCAAAAAGGUUCUAGUAGCAGGGUUAUGUCCUUGUUGUAACUUAUGGUCUAUGAAGAAUUACCAUUUGAUAUAUCGUUCGAUUAAAAAAAAUGUUCCCACAGUUACAAGAGACUGCAAUGGAAAAAAAAAAAAAAACAAA